CCCCCUCUUUUUGUGAGUGCGCAUGCGUGGCGCUGCAGCCGGGGAGAUGGCGGAUGGCGGGAUUUCUCUGAAGGGGCUUCGGGCCCAGCGCGUGGCUGCAGCACAAGCCGAAGCAGAGGAAAGAAGAAGCCAAAGUGUAAAUAGUCCUGUUUCCUCUGACCCAGCACCAGUCGUUGCAAAGGCACCAAACAAACCAGUGAUAGACGGCUCCACUCUAAAGACAGUUGAAAGACAGAGACUAGCCAAGGAACGGCGAGAAGAAAGGGAGAAAGAGAUUGCUGCAAGAGAACUUUACAUGCUAGAAAAAGAAAAGAAAAUACGACUCCAGUAUGAGAAACAAAUGGAAGAACGCCAGAGGAAACUGCAAGAACAACGGCAGAAGGAGCAGCAGAAGAGAGUUGCAGUGGAAGAGAAACGGAGACAAAAACAGGAAGAAGAAAAGGAGCACUACGAAGCUGUGAUGCGACGCACCUUAGAACGGAGCCAGCGCUUGGAGCAAAGGCAAAAAAGAUGGUCAUGGGGUGGAGCUAUAACAACUGAAAAGGACAGCUCUAAUGGUGUUCCUGAACAUUCCUUAACUCCACCUUUAAAUUUGUCUGACUGCCCCCCUCCUUCCUCAGACUCCCAGGCUUCCACUGAAGAUGGUUCUGCUGUAGACAAACGUUCCACAUCCACCACCAACCUCAUGAAACAGGGACAGCCGGACGUAAGCAAGCGUCUGUCUUCAUCUUCAACAGCACUUCUAAACUCUCCUGACAAAAGUGCGUCUUUGAAGAAAAGAAGUGCUUCAUUAAACAGAUUGGGUAGUAAAACCUCUCAGCCAGAACAGAGUGUGACCCAGGUGGAACAAGCAGGCACAGCAGAUAAGAGGAGAAGCUCAUCGUUGAGUAGAUUGGCUAGCAACCCUCGCCCUUCAUCUCAAACAGACAAGAAAGAAGAUCUGCAAGCUCGGCGUUCCCAGAACAGUCCCCUGGAGAGUAACAUAAUCAGCCGUCUGCUAACCCCCACACAGUCCUCUUUAGCUAGGAGCAAGAGUGCUGCUGCUAUAUCAGAAGCUGGGCAAAGUUCUGCAGAGUCUCAUCUCUGUCCUCGUUCAGCUUCAGCUAGACCCAUCAACUCCCCCGUCAACCCCCCAAACAAGCCUCUGCGUAGCCGCAGCACUGACCGACAGAACACAGUGCCUGAAGCCUCUGCCAAAGACACUACAUCAGUCGAAGCCUCUCAGAAACCAGUCAAGGCAAAAUGUCCUUCAUCUCCUGCUUCAUCAAGCCGUAGACGCUCCCCCUCACCGAUUUUAGCAAAGAGGCCCCCAUCACCGUCGGGCUCAGGGGCUCAGAGGCCCCCAUCACCCUCGAACUCAGGGGCUCGGAGGCCCCCAUCACCCUCGAACUCAGGGGCUCGGAGGCCCCCAUCACCUUCAAACUCAGGGGCUCGGAGGCCCCCAUCACCCUCAAACUCGGGGGCUCGGAGGCCCCCAUCACCCUCGAAUUCACUGACCAAGAGAUCAACAUCACCUUCAACAAUCAACAGAUUCAAGCAGCAUCCUGCAUCUCCUCCAUCUGCCCAAAAGCCUCUACCUGUCCACCGACUGCCGGUUGCUUCCUGUGGUGUGGCUGUGACCAAAAAGAAAAUUGAGAAGGAAGGAAAACCAAAGUCCAAACCGGAGGUUGGGGGUCCGGAGUACGAAAUUAGGCACAUGUCGGAAAAAGAGUCCUCAGCGAAGUUAUCAAACAAAACCAAAGAAACUGAUCAGAAACCAGGGACCACAUCUGCUGAGGAAGCAGCUAGAAUCUUAGCUGAGAACCGGCGUCUGGCUCGUGAACAGAAGGAGCGUGAGGAGCAGGAGAGACUUCAGUUACAAGAAGCUGAGAGGUGCAGGAAAGAAGAGCUAAAGAAGAGAGAAGCUGAAGAGAGGGCCCGCAGGGAAACAGAAGCCCUUCUGCAAGAAGAGGAGAGAAAACUGACAGAAGAGGAAAAUCAAAGAAAAGCUGAAGAGGAAAGGAUUUGUAGAGAGGAAGAGGAGAGAGAGCGUCUAUUGGAUCUGCAGCUCCAGAGAGAAGAAGCAGAAGCAAAAGCUUUGGAAGAAGCUAAUCGGCAGAGGCUGGAGCGAGAACGGAUCACCCAACAGAAUGAGGAGGAACGACGCGCAAGGAAGCAGAGAAUUGCAGAGGUCAUGAAGAGAGUGAGGGGGUCUGGCCAAGAUGAAUUAAAGAAGGAUGGAAGAUCAGAUGAUACUACUGCUGAGGAAAGCAGUGAGGAUGAACACAGGAACGAAGAUGCAGAUGAAAUAGAUAGCACCAAUGGAAUUGAUGAGCUUCAAGUUAUUGUACAAGAAUGUGCUGAGUUGUCAGAUGAAGCUGUCUGUGAUGAGAUAACUGAGCUGAAUGGUGUUCAUGCAGUGAAUACCACCAGUGACCAUUUGAACAAAGACCAGACCCAGGAUAUGAGCCCUGUACCAAAGGAAGACUGUGUUGUACCUGAACUAUUGCAUGUAAAUGAAGUGGAUCAAAGUGUUGGGCAUCAGAAUGGAAAAGCGAGUAGUACAUGGAUCCUCAAGGAUUAUAUGGACCUUGAUGUUUGUUCAAAGACAACCAAAUUAGCAGUCACUCCCUGCAGUGCUGAUGACUGUAACCAAAACUUGAUUGAUAUUGCUGGCAUUUCUGAGAGCUGUAUCAAUGCACUUGAAGAGAAUGGAGGAAGAGUGACAUCCUUGACCAAACCUAUUGAGGAAACAUCAGGACUUUAAACAGCUUGAUUCUGAACAUCACUUGUGAUCGCACUUGCAUGUUCAGUAUUUUUACUACAUGCUGAAGGCCUUGUUACAUGAAGCUGCUUCUCUGGAGUUUCCUCCUCUUUCCCAGAAGAAUUAACAAGAUCGUAACAAAGGUGGCAUAUCAAAUGUCACAUAGAGAUGCUCUUUUGCACCGUUCAAAGUUUCAGGGACCUAUUCCUUGACUACAUUGUUUGUUUGUUUCCUCAGUGGCUGAUAGUUCUUUUGAUUUUUAUGAUCUGCUUUUGGCAGUGAGUGUAAUCAGGUGACAUCUUAUUCCUUUCCUUACUCUGUGUUUUGUCUAACCAGAUAUUCAGGCCAGCUUUGUUUUCAUACUAGUGGUAUUUGCCAUUCUGGUCUCAUACCACAUCCUGAAUGAAUGUUCCAUCUCCCCAACUGCAGGGCAAAGGGUGUCUAUAUCUCGGUGUUUGCAGUGGAAUUAUCCCACUUCUAUUUGUUAAAACUUUUUUUAAGAAAGUGUUAAAAUAAACCUGUUGACAGAAGUGAUGAAACUAAAGAGGAAAUUCUCAAUUCUGAUAGAGAGCUGAGACACGUUUUGUUACAAUUGCAAAAUUAAAUUUGUUUGUGACACAGGUUUGAUUUUGUGAUCUUUUAAAGUGCUCUGCUCACUUUUAGUGGCUGAAGUCUUUCUCCUUUGGGAGAGUGUUCUACCUAAAGAAAGCUCUCAGCCCAUUUCCACCUCUCACCCCGUGACCAUCCUUCUGUCUGCCUCUUUUUUUUUUGUUUUCCCCCCACGCCCCUUUCCCCUCUGCUUCUGCCUUGCCCGCUCUUCACCCCACCCCCUCUCCAGCCAUAUUUUGCAAUAUCUGGAUUUUUUAGGUUUAAGUCCAUGAGCAUUGCAUUAGGACAAAGAGUUAAAGGUAUAGGAGAGGCUAGUUUUUAAGAAGUAAUGCUAGGUGGGUGAGCGAUGCUUUGGCUUUCUAAUACAAAAAUAUUAGUUGGUGUUUCUUUACAAAGUUUGUGUCUUUCUUGUACUGCAAUAGGAAACCAAAUUGUGAGCUAAUGUUAUUUAAACAUACUCCUGUUCUAUGUCAAACCUUCUAGAAUACUGUAUUUUCAAAUAAGCCUGCACUACUAACGUACGUUAAAAAUGAAAUGGCUUCAGUUGAUAAACUCAAGUAUUUGUAGGUAGCAAAUUAAUAUUUACAUGUAUUUGACUCGUUUUAAGAUAAGUUUCCUUUGUUUAAUCUAUUUAAGUUUCUCCAAAUAAAUCUAAGUAUUAUUGUACAUACAGGCAGUAUUGGGCCACCAAAACCAUUUCUUAAUGAACACCUUUUUUAAAUGUUCUUCAUGUAUUAGGGGUUGUAUCGUUGAGAAUUAUGCCAACACCAUCCAGCAAGUUUAAACCACUUGUUCACUGUGGUCCUUAACUUGCUAAUUCAUAUCGUAGCCACGCUCUCUACGUGUACAAACCUGAAGUGAAACUGUACGUUUUCUUAGCUUAUGGAAUUAAAUAGCUGCUACCUUGCAUAGGAAGCUACAUUCUUUUUACUGCACUUGCCCCAUCUGUUACAUUUAUUAGGUAUUGCCUCUUUAUCUAAUUUAUGUUACUGUUCCCUCUUAACCUCAUCCACGGGGCCAGCAAUGAAUACCUGCUCAGCCAUGUCCACUCCUCGUAAAGGGAUGCUGUUUCAUCAAUGGCUGCUCUUUCUUUGUUUAAACUACUCAUUACAAUUGCAUUAGUUUGUUUCCUAGCUGAACAUUGUCAAUCUUUCCCUUGGUGCAGGUUUUAGAUAUCAGAAUCUUCUAGUCUGUAUCAAAUGCUGAAAACUGUUGAGCUCACUACAUGCAGCAUUCAGUUAAACUAGAGCAGUGCCUUAGAUUAACCAUUGAGUGUAUUUUUGUAAGAUAGUUAACUCAAAACCUUUGCAAGAAAAUGACAAUCGCUAACUGAAGUCCUCUCUGGCUGUGCACAUUACUCUUGUUCAAUGCCCUGUUGGCAGCUGCAUGUAAAUAGCAAAAUCUGUGUAUCACUUCAGUCAAUUUUACAAAAUAAAAAAUGGAAAUGGUUUACCAUUUAA